CUGCCCCCAUCUCUGACUCCUGCUGCAUGUCAAAAAAACUCACCACAGGCUCCAUCCAGCAUGUUCAGGUGGCCUCUUCAGUGGUGACAUCGCUCAAUCAUCUGAAGCCUCCAGAGAGGACCUCACGCUGAUGUCUCACAUGAAGUCUAUUAAGUCUCUGCGGCAUGCUGGCAUCACUGCAGUCUUCACUGGACAAACGAAGCUUGACGGUGAGGAGGUGCUGAAGGAGUUACCGAUUGUCGAUGUGAUCCUGGCUGACAUUGACUCCCUGGUGCCCACUCACGAUGAAACCGGUCGGCCCAUCGCAGAGUGGAAGCGACAGGUGAUGGUUCGGCAGCUGCAGGUCAGACUGCAGGAUGAGGAGGAGCAAAGGAGGCAGGACGUGGCCAAUGGCUACAUACCCGUAGACGGCUGGAAGUACUCCCAAACCCACAACGCAGUCCUGGGGCCCUUUGGAGAGCUUCUAACAGAGGAGGAUCUGGUGUAUCUGCAGCAACAGAUUGAGUCUGUUUCACUGCAGAAACGCUGCCAGGCCUAUGAGCUGGAGCUGACCAGGCUGACUGAGGAGCUUAGGUCAAUUUUACCUGAUCCUAUUGUCAACAUUUCCCUCAACAAAGAAGCCCUGCAACAGAUGGACUCUGAGGGGAAAAUGCCCCGACUCUGCCACUCUGGUGCAGUCGUGUCUCGGAGAUUGUUAGGAGUAUGUCUCUGCUGGUGGCUAAUCUGACUCAAACCACAGAAGAAGAGGGUGGGAGGAUGAUAGUGGAUGGAAUGAUG